AUGAGCAUUAGCGCCCUCAACCAAACCAUUCACUCGACCACCACGCCCUAUCUCAAAGCUGGACUUCAGGAGCUGCGCUCCAUUUUUGAUGUUGACACUCUAGGUGUUGCCGUGGAUGAUGAGGACGACACAGAUCUCGAAGGAGCUUCGCCAUCCGAUCGUAGCACACACUUGUUCAGCGAGCAAGACCGUUUGGCUCUUUUCGGCCCAGCUGAGUCUGUCACUACUGCAGCUUUUUCGCAUCAGCAGGCUUUGUUUGAGUCUCCCAAAGCCAUGUCAACCAACUUGUCCCGCGAGAACAGCUCCGAGCAUCGCGAGCUGCCUCUUCCAUCGGCAACCAACUGGCGCAGCAUCGAAUUCACGAGUCAGGUUUACCCUCCUCCGGUGACUCAUCGUCGAGCACAGUCAUGGCGCAAGCACCGCAGCCUCUCGAGCUCGAACCUUUUCAAUCAGCCUCUACUCACUCCGUCCAGCAACAGAGGAGCCACGUCUGAUUUGCAAAGAGCGUCUUCGAGGCCAGUCUAUCUGCCACGUGACACAUCGGCGCGAUCUCAAUUGGUGCGCACGCCGCUCGUAGCCGUCGGACUGGCCGCGCUCACCGUCAUGAUCGUCGGCGUUUGCGCGUUCGAAAACUCGAUCCAUCCAGACGCCGCCACGCUUCCACUGACCACAUUCAUGCUGGCACAGUCUCUAUUUGGCCUGGUCGGCAUAUCUGGACUGGCUCUGCAGAAGCGAUGGAUCAUCGACCUUGCUUCGCGUCUCCUUCGCGCACACGUGCUCUGCCAGGUGCUCAUUGUCCUGGCUGCGCUUCGCAGUCUGAGCCGCACAGCGUUCUAUCGCAAUCGUUUCGAGCGACACACUGUCACCGGAACAGCAGCUGCUGGUAUGCUCACUUCUCCUCGCUUCUUCACGUCGACAGGGCAUGCGUCUGAUGCCCACACGUCGUUGGUUGGGUCCUUCUCCGAUCAGGUGACGUAUGUGUGUGUCUUUGUUGUUCAAGCCGCACUGCCCUUGACACUUGCGCUGUGGGCUCAGUACGCGGUUGCCUCUGCACUCAGCCUUACUACUCGCUCGCUUCCAUGUUCUAGCGACGCGGCCAAAGCGUACAGCGAGCCACAACGAUCGGCUCCUGCUGUCACGGCGUCAAAAGGAGAGGACUACGAUGUCGCUGGCAACGCACGCAUGCGGUUCAACAGCGAGAACACCACGCUGAACAAAGGCUCGUCGCAGAACGCGGCCAGUGGCGCAGUUCAGCGGAGUCAAGGAUGGCUCGGGUUUGUGAUUACCCGACUCGACGUUAACAAGGUUGACCCGACGUCGCCAAAGUUUGAUCUCGAUGCAGCAGAGCUUACUACGCGACUCGAGAGCUUGGCAGCGGCCGAGAUGUCGACCCGGAAUGUCGCUUGA